AUGUCGUGUCCAGUGGAGAGAACAUGUGCAGCACGCACAGGGAGGAGGAUAGUCAGAGAUUAUGUUCCAACAGAGAAGGAUAGUCAGAGAUUAUGUUCCACAGAGGAGGAUAGUCAGAGAUUAGGUUCCACAGAGGGGGAUAGUCAGAGAUUAGGUUCCACAGAGGAGGCUAGUCAGAGAUUAGGUUCCACAGAGGAGGAUAGUCAGAGAUUAGGUUCCACAGAGGAGGAUAGUCAGAGAUUAGGUUCCACAGAGGGGGAUAGUCAGAGAUUAGGUUCCACAGAGGAGGCUAGUCAGAGAUUAGGUUCCACAGAGGAGGAUAGUCAGAGAUUAGGUUCCACAGAGGGGGAUAGUCAGAGAUUAGGUUCCACAGAGGAGGAUAGUCAGAGAUUAGGUUCCACAGAGGGGGAUAGUCAGAGAUUAGGUUCCACAGAGGAGGCUAGUCAGAGAUUAGGUUCCACAGAGGAGGAUAGUCAGAGAUUAGGUUCCACAGAGGAGGAUAGUCAGAGAUUAGGUUCCACAGAGGAGGAUAGUCAGAGAUUAUGUUCCAACAGAGGAGGAUAUUGA